AUGUCGGAACCAGUCAGAGUCCUUGUGACUAGAGCAGCUGGCCAAAUUGCAUAUUCACUACUGUACAGUAUUGGAAAUGGCUCUGUCUUUGGUAAAGACCAGGCUUUCAUUCUUGUGCUGUUGGAUAUCACCCCCAUGAUGGGGGUCCUGGAAGGGGUCCUUAUGGAACUGCAAGACUGUGCACUUCCUCUCCUAAAAGAUAUCAUCAUAACAGAUAAAGAAGAUGUUGCCUUCAAAGACUUGGAUGUGGCCAAUCUCGUGGGUUCCAUGCCAAGAAGGCAUGGCAUGGAGAGGGAAGAUUUACUGAAAGCAAAUGUGAAAAUUUUCAAAGUCCAAGGUGCAGCCUUGGAAAAAUACGCCAAGAAGUCAGUUAAGGUUGUUGUCAUAGGAAACCCAGCCAAUGCUAACUGCCUGACAGCCUCAAAGUCAGCUCCAUCCAUCCCCAAGGAGAACUUCAGUUGCUUGACACGUUUGGAUCAAAACCGAGCUAAAUCUCAGAUUGCUCUUAAAUUUGGUGUGACUGCUGAUAACGUAAAGAAUGUCAUCAUCUGGGGAAACCAUUCCUCAAGUCAGUAUCCAGAUGUCAACCAUGCCAAGGUGAAAUUGCAAGGAAAGGAAGUUGGUGUUUAUGAAGCUCUGAAAGAUGACAGCUGGCUUAAGGGAGACCUCAUCACGACUGUGCAGCAGCGUGGCGCUGCCAUCAUCAAGGCUCGGAAACUAUCCAGCGCAAUGUCCGCUGCAAAAGCCAUCUGUGACCACCUCAGAGAUCUCUGGUUUGGAACCCAGGGGGAGUCUGUGUCCGUGGAUGUUAUGUCUGAUGGCAACUCCAGUGGCAUUCCUGAUGAUAUGCUCUACUCAUUCCCUGUUGUAAUCAAGGAUAAGACCUGGAAGUUUGUUGCAGCUCUCCCUAUUAAUGAUUUCUCACGUGAGAAAAUGGAUCUUACUCCAAAGGAACUGGUGGAAGAAAAGGAAACUGCUUUUGAAUUUCUUAGCUCUGCAUGA